ACGUCAAAACCGGAAAGAGAUAGGAGAUAGCGUUUUUUCAUCAAAACAAAUGCAGCAACAAGGGGACAGUCUCAUCACAACGUAGAGAAGUGGCGGUUAGCUUGUUGUUUUGCAAAUAACCGUUGUUUAGUUUGUUGCGAUAGAAAAAAAGCAGCAUUACACAAGUAAACGAAAACAGACAGUUUGGUGUGCCGUCGAGGAUCGACGGCAGUCGGUGAAUCCCCGCAAAAACUACGAUGCGCAGGCUAGCGUAACGCGCUAAUUGCCAUUUGUCGGUCUGCGAAGAAGAACUGCAUGAGUCAGCUAACGCACACACGCUGAUGGCAAAGUGCAUACGGCAUUAAUACGACCGUUUUGGGUUUUUUCUUCCGUUUUGUAUCGAUUGUCUUCGUUUUUUGGUGGCGUGUUUCCGACGCAGAAACGUUCGCGAGUUGCAACCCUGCUGGGUGUUCCCAGUUUCCUUCCCCCUCCCGGGUUUAGUUCUUCCUGGUGAAUCGUGUUCGAAGAAAAGAGCACCAUGUCGAAGCUGUACUUACUUCCAAUCACAGUGUUUUUGCUGUUUAAUUUCACCUUCAUCGGCACGUACAUUGCCGCAGUGCUACAGGGCCAUGUCGUACCGACCGUACCGUACAUCAGUGAUGCGGCCACCUACUCACCGGAAAGCUGCGUAUUUGGCCAGUUCAUCAACAUAGGCUGUGUGCUGCUCGGCAUUACAAUCUACGUCCGCUAUCGACAGAUACAGGAACUUUCGUAUCGUCACAGUGACGUCCGGCAGGCGCUUGGUCGCUGCAGUGGCAUCUCCUUCUGGAUCGGUAUCGGCUCCUGUCUGGGCAUCAGCAUUGUCGGUAACUUCCAGGAGACAAACGUGCGGAUCGUCCACUAUGUCGGUGCGUUUCUCAGCUUCGGGCUCGGUACGAUCUACUUCUGGAUACAGUCGUACAUCUCCUACUACAUCCAGCCGUACAUGGGCACGAUGCAGAAAGCAAACCUCCGCAUGGCACUGUCCGUCGUCUGUACCAUCUUCUUCAUGAUUGUCGCUGUGACGGGUGUCAUCUCACAUAUCCUGUUCCGUGGUACGGAUCCGCGCAAAUGGUACCCAUCGGACGGUGGCUGGGAGUAUCAUGUGGCCAGCUCGAUCUCCGAAUGGAUUGUGGCGACCGCUUUCUGUUUCUACGUGCUAACGUUUACGGACGAGUUCCGUACAAUGCAGUUCGACCAUCCGCCGUUGAUACUGCUUGAAAUCGAUUCAUCUCGUACGUACGAACCGGUGAUUAGCGAUACACCGGUAGCCGUUAUCUCGUGAUUUGAAUCGCUGCACGAAGACGGUGAGCACGAUGGCAACGGGCAAUCCAUCGCGCGAGCAUCAACACACAGCCUUAGCCGAACCGUACCCGAUCAUGAGGAUGGACAGGAGGGCGAUUACGAUGCUUACCAACAUCACCGCCCGGUACGAUCGUUCAGUGAAACGGAUCUGAAGCUACUGUGCCGUCGCUGCUCGGAACCCGUUUCGCUCAGCGGCCGGAAACGUUCACCGGUGCGGAACGGUCGGGAAGCUUUCCCACUACGCCAAAGUACGCGGACGGCGACGACAGCCGGUCUUAUUGUGCGCCACGCGAGGGCUUCCGGACGGCAGAGCGCUCGUCCAAACACGUCCACGGGCGGGAAGUUUGGUUCGCUUACGCUGUCGCUGAUGCUCGUUGCACUGAUGGAAGCUUUGCACUCCCUAACCCUUUACUUUAGUGACAGCUUGCGUCAGAGCUACAUAUGAUUGCACGUUGCAGUCAUUUUUAUCGAUUUUCCCGAAUUAUUUGUAAAAGAAUUAUCGUUUUUUCUUCUUCUUCUUUUUUGUUAAAUAUUAUAAAUCAGUAGGUUAAAUAUUUGAUACAUUAUCAUAUUGUUUUGCAGGAAUUUGAUGAGUCCAUUUUGUUACAUCUUGACAACACGUUCUUUGUAUUAUAUAUCGCACGUGCAAAAAGCUUUAAGUUAGACAGAUAAAGGUGUAUGGAACUAUUGAAAUUGAGGAUAUCGGUUAAACUGUAACUGUGAACUGUGGUAUAGCAAGUAGCAAGCGGAAGAAUUAUGCAUCAAUUUACAAAAUAAACAGUACCCUGGCAUGAAACAAAAA